CACUUUCCAGGCUUCUUACUUGGAAUCUUUGUACGCCGUAUGUUCGCAUGCUUGAUCACAUUUCGCCCAAAAUUGCCGGUACAGUCAUCAACAAGUCGAUAUCCCUUGUACAUCAUUCCCGAUCAAAGUCCGGGCGGCACAGUACACAAAAGAAUACGAAGUCCUCACCUGCGCUCUCCUCGACCCUCGACUUAUCAAUCAUCGCACGCCGCAAUCGCCUUCACGACUCCCAACCAUGGCCGACGCUCUCUGUGGGCCUUCCAACCCUCUUCAGAACCUGCAGAAACAUACCCAAGUCGAUAGGACGCUCCAACAGGAUCGACUCGUCGGCCCCAGACAAUCACCUGGACAGGGCUUCCGUACCGCCGACCCCAGAGCCGGAUCUCUCGAUGCCGACUUUUAUGCCUUUGAGAAUGCCUCUCCGGGUCCAUUUCAACACCGACAGCCAGAAUUUGCCAAUGCCCUUCCCACCACCUUCUCCCCGCUACAGCAGCAGCCCUCCUUCGGACCGGCAGGAUGGGCCGCCGAUUUCCAGCGGAUGAACUUGCACGAUCGACAACCCUUGCCCGCAGGUCAAUUCCGCACCGAAGCGCCCCUCGUCAAAUCUACAAUCGGUGGUGGGUGGCAGAAUGAGUUCAUGCGCCAACGUCCAGGCGCGGCGUCGCCCGUGGCGCAGGGCAAGCAAGCCGCGAGAGAACCGCCGCAGAUGGAUAUGACCGCGACAAACACGAACACGUCGUUCAUGGGCUACUCGUCCAUGGCGUACCAGUCGUACGGCGGCAACGGAAUGUACCGAGACGGGGCAGGGUUCGAACAACAGCAGGAAAUGCCAGGAAUGUCUUCCGUGGACCAACAGCACUUCCCCAUGUCCGACGUCGACUUUGACGCGGCGUUCCAAGAGGCGAUCGCCCACGCCCAAGAGAUGGACCAGCUGCGGGAGACGGCCGAGGUCUCGGAAAGCGUCGUCGAAGAGUCGGUCGUGAUGGGACAGACGGAGAGCGUGAACAAAAUCGGGUCUGACGCAAUCCAGUACCGCGAACGGACCGAACGUACAGAAGACCAAGAUUCUCGCGACGCCGAUGAACUGGCCCGUACGGCCGGCCAGCUGCUGACGAGCGUGCAGCACGACACCAGCGACAAAUUCCAAAAUUCGCAGUUUUUGGACCUCAUGCGUCGCAUCCGUGACAGACAAGUCGAGGUCCAAAACAAUGAUCUACAAGAUGUGUCGACCGGACAAGCGGCCACUUCGACUCCGGUUUCUUUCGACCCGAUCCUCCAACCCGAGUUGCAGUACGAAGCCCAGAAAGAGAUGGAGGCAUUGAACCUGCACGAGAACCUGCACGAGAACCAGCAACGGCAACAGCAACAGGAGCAGCGACAGCCACAACAAGAGACGCAAUCUCAUUUCGAGUUCCCGGACAUGGACGCGGUUUAUGCGCCGGCCGAGAUAGGUCGUCAUUCCCCGUACACGAAUUAUGGGUUCGACGACGACGGGUCCAUCCCGGCCGUCGCGAUGCAGCCACGUCGACAGGUCGACGACGUCCACCCGGGGGGGAAAUGGUACCCCGACCAGAGUCCACAGAUGAGGACCGUUCCUCUCGCAUCUCGUCAAACCUGAGACAAAAAAAGGAGGCGAGUACUUUCGGGUGAUACUGGAUGAUGAUGAUGACGACGACGACGACGGCUGAUGACCAUGACGAUGAUGAUCUGAUAACCAGAUGGACAAAGUAUAAUAUAUAUAUAUCUUUAUACAUGUACAUAUCUCCGUGGUUUUCAUUGGCGAAUAUUCAUACUGUACAUGUAACAUCACUUGGAACUUGUACAUGGCAAAACGUUGGGUGUAUAUAUAUAUAUGCCCAUGUACUCCGAACUCUGG